AUGAACCCUAACUGUAAUUUGGAUCUCUGCCUUCUAUCGCCUUCUUCUUCUUAUUCUUCCCCUCCAGAUCAGAAACAGAAAUUGACAAUCUUUUACAAUGGAAACAUCAAUGUCUGUGACGUUACAGAUCUUCAGGCAAGGGAGAUUAUAACGGUGGCAAGGAGAGAAGCAGAUAGAAUAAGAUUCAUGAGAGCUUCAUUGGAUCAUCAUGAAAUGGCUUCCCCCUCCCUCCCACCGCCGUUCAUCAGGCCGGCGCCGGCGCCGGCACCGAUCUGCAGUGACAAUAAUAGUAAUAAUAAUAAUGGAUUAUCCAUGCACAGAUCCUUGCAUAGGUUUCUUCAGAUGAGGAAAAAUCGCAUUCAAUCAGCUUCUCCUUAUGCUGCUCACUAGCGAAUUCACAUCUUUUUUUCUAUCUAAUCCGUCGGAAAAUUCA